AUUUCAUUAUACCUUACAUUUUCUGCUGUCAUUCAGACUUUACAAUUCAUCAUUUCUUGAAAUUCGAGAAAAUAAUAUAUACUCCUAAUUUAGCGUUCUCCCACCGUUACGUUUACGCCCCCGAACACACACACACAACCCAAAAGUCCACUGUUUCACUGCCAUGUAAAACCAGCAAAGUAUCUCUUCACAUAAUUCCUAUAAAAACUCAAAACCCCUUUUGUGAAUUCCAAUGUUCAAUUCGGGAAUACCAAAGUUCAAUUCUUGAAUUUUCAUGAGUGAAAAAACAAACAAACAAUGAAGGGGAUAAUGAGUAGCUUCUCAGGGGAUAAUCUCACAAAUACUCCAGCUUUCGUCAAAGUCAUCCUCCUUUCUUUCAUUUCCCUCUUCAUAUUAAUCCUUGCUAGACAAUUUUCAUCUGAUAUUAGCACCAUUUCCAGCCCCAGUACACCCCCUUCUCGAAAAUUUCCAAUGUCUUUCAAUCAAACAACCCCACCCCCGCCGCCGCCGGCGGCGGAGGAGGGGAUGAUGGUGGAGAGGACGGGGAUAAUUGAUGAGAAUGGGGCAAUGACGAAUGAUUUUUUAGUGGGGGAGUUUGAUGAUGAGGUGAUAGAUAGUGUGGUGGAAAGUGGGAGUGAUGAGGGAUUGGAGAGUGAUGAAAAUGGAGGAGGCUUGGUUAAGGGUAAAAUUGGGAAAUUUAGAGUUUGUGAUGAGAGUAUGAGGGAUUAUAUUCCUUGUUUGGAUGAAAAAGGGGGGAUUUUGGAAAGGCGUUGUCCACCAAAAGGAAAAGGAUUGGAUUGUUUGGUGCCAUGGCCUAAAGGUUACAAACUAAGAAUACCAUGGCCAAAGAGCAGGAAUGAGAUAUGGUUAUCCAAUGUACCUCGUACACCCUCCAAAGACAAAGCAGGAAAUAAGUGGGUAAAAAGGAAGCGAGACAAGUACAUAUUUCCAGGAGAUGGGAUACAAUUUGCCCAAGGUGCAAAUCAAUACUUGGAUCAGAUUUCUAAGAUGGUUCCAGAAAUUGCUUUUGGCCAACAAACAAGAGUUGCCAUGGAUAUUAAUUGUGGAAUAGCGAGUUUUGGUGCAUAUCUGAUGGACCGCAAUGUCAGCACAUUGUCCAUUGCAACAAAAGAUGUGCAUAACAAUCAAAUUCAAUUUGCAUUGGAACGUGGAGUGCCUGCUAUGUUAGCAACAUUUACAACACACCGUCUAUUUUACCCUAGCCAGGCAUUUGACAUGAUACAUUGUUCCAGAUGUAGCAUAAAUUGGACCUGUUAUGAUGGCAUCCUUCUUCUAGAGGUAAACAGGAUGCUUAGGGCAGGAGGAUAUUUUAUCUGGGCAGCCGAACCUGUUCAACGACAUGAAGAAAACUUGUCUGCACCGUUUAAAGAAAUGGAGGAUCUUGCUCAACGCCUAUGUUGGGAUUUAUUAAAGGAGGAGGGUGACAUUUCUAUUUGGAGGAAGCCAUUGAAUAACAGUUGCUAUCUCAGUCGCGCUCCAGCAGUUCAACCUUCUCUAUGUGAUGCCGGUGAUGAUCCAGAUAAUGUCUGGAACGUAAACCUAGAAAAGUGUAUUACACAAUUACCUGAGAAUGGCUAUGGAUCUAACGUGACUGCUUGGCCUGCACGCCUUCACUCUCCACCAGACAGGCUGUUUAGUAUAAAGAUGGAUGCUGAAUUAUCUAGGAGGGACAUUUAUAGAGCAGAGUCAAGAUUUUGGUAUGACAUAAUAAAAGGAUAUAUCGGUGCUUUCCGUUGGGGAACAUUAAACUUACGAAACGUGCUGGACAUGAGAGCUGUGUAUGGGGGGUUUGCAGCUGCUUUGCAUGAUUUCAACAUCGAUUGCUGGGUCAUGAAUGUUGUUCCCGUUAGUGGACCUAAUACAUUGCCUGUUCUAUAUGAUCGGGGUUUCAUUGGAGUCAUGCAUGACUGGUGUGAGCCAUUUGAUACUUAUCCAAGAACGUACGAUUUACUCCAUGCGGCUGCUCUUUUCUCAGUAGAAAGAAACAGAUGCAAUGUGACAAACAUCAUGCUAGAAAUGGAUAGAAUUCUUCGACCUGGGGGACGGGUUUAUAUCCGUGACACCACACCUGUUAUUGAAGAGCUUAUAGAAAUUGCACCUGCCUUAGGAUGGGUGCCAUUUAAAUAUGAUAGUAGCGAGGGACCUCAUUCCAACUGGAAGCUUUUGAUUGGCGAAAAACGUCUAUGAUAUGGUUGCAUUUCCCUCCCUCAUCGGGCAGCUGGGAACAAUUUUUAUUCUUCUUUUAGUUAUAUGUUUGGAAAGCAUUUUUUAUGGUUUCUAAAGAAGAAAGAUGGUGUAAUACAAAAUUGAAAAAGCCUAACCCUUUCGAACAAGAAUAUGUAAAGCUACGACACUCAAGAGUUUAAUUUGUCUGUGGGGAGAAAUCUUUUAGCCUUUUUUUUUUAAAACUGUAAAUAGUUGAGAAAUUUUGUUACUUUGAAUUUGAUUUGUAUUGAUUUCUAACUUUGGUCA